AUGAUUAUUAUUAAUUUUAUAAUGGGUGUUUCGCAGUCUCAGCCGAAAGAUAAAAUCUCUAGUUGCAAAAUGAAUAAUAAACCAAGUGGAAAUGACAGCAGCAGUAGACCUCUCUCUAUUACAGCACCACCAGCUGAACCAGAACUCCAGCCAGUUGAAAAUCAACCAAGGCAACCAAGUAAUUUGCAAGGUUUGUUAAGGUUCGCUAUGGAGGCGUCUAAAAAUGAAGAUGCGCCUCAUCAAUCAUCUUUCCAACCUCUGGAUCAAGAAAGAAAAGAAUUUUUGAGCAAAGCCUUGGAAUCAAUGACAGUGAAUGUAAUUGAGGAGUUGCAAAAAUCCGCGAAAAUCCUAUCAAAUGUAAUGGACCUUCGUCAGGAAGACGAUCCAACAGAAUACGAAACAGCUCUGGAGUGUAUAGCAAGUUACGUAGACAGUAUUGACAUUGCCAAUGAUUUCUACAAAAUCGGAGGGUUCGGUAUUAUCGGAGCCUGUCUGAAUUCACCUCACAGCACCAUCAGGUGGAGAGCAGCAGACGUGAUAGCUGAGUUGACGCAAAAUAACCCGUUUUGUCAAGAAAAGAUUCUAGCUAUGGGUCUUAUGCCGAUUUUAUUGGAGAUGGUCGAUUCAGACCCUUUGGAGCAAGCUCGGAUAAAAGCUCUGUACGCAAUUUCCUGUAUUGUUCGUGGCAAUGCAUUAGCGCUUAAAUACAUGGAUGUUAACGACGGAUACUCUGUGCUAAUAAGAGCGAUGCAGAGCUCUGUGGAAAAGCUGCAAAUUAAAUCAGCAUUCUUGUUAUCCGCUCUGUGCAGUAAGGACAAUGCGCAUGCUAUUAGAUCGAGUUUAAUUAAAAUGGGUAUCAUUGAACAAGCUUCCGGCUUGUUGGCUAUGAAUAGUAUUAUUGGAGAUACCAGGGAUGCACUGCUGAGUAUUUUAAACAGCUUAACAGCAAACAACAAUUUGCCAGCAUUACGCGAAUGCCGAAGACCCGAAUUGUGCUUAAAAGCAACGAUAGAGAGGCAUUUAAAAGACCUAAAAUCCGAAGAAGCUGUCGAUGAAGUUAAACUGUGCAACGAGUUACUCGACAGACUAUUCGCAGAACAAUCACCUGCCGAUCAAGAUAGAUAA